AUGCACAUCACCCAGCUCAACCGGGAGUGCCUGCUGCACCUCUUCUCCUUCCUGGACAAGGACAGCAGGAAAAGCCUGGCCAGGACCUGCUCGCAGCUCCAGGACGUGUUUGAGGACCCCGCACUCUGGCCCCUGCUGCACUUUCAUUCCCUCACAGAACUCAAGAAGGACAACUUCCUGCUGGGCCCGGCACUCAGGAGCCUCUCCAUCUGCUGGCACUCCAGCCGAGUGCAGGUGUGCAGCAUUGAGGACUGGCUCAAGAGCGCCCUCCAGAGGAGCAUCUGCAGCCAGCAUGAGAGCCUGGUCAGUGACUUCCUCCUCCAGGUGUGCAACAGGUGCCCUAACCUUGCGUCUGUCAGCCUUGCCGGCUGCGGCCAUGUCACCGACGACUGCCUGACGCGCCUGCUGUACUGCUGCCCGCGCCUGCGCGCGCUACGGCUGGAGAACUGCGCGCGCAUCACCAACCGCACGCUGGCGGCCGUGGCGGCUCACGGGCGCGCGCUGCAGACCCUGCACGUGGACUUCUGCCGAAACGUGAGCGCGGCCGGCCUACAUCGCCUACGCGCCGCGUGCCCGCGCCUGACGCUGCGCGCCGAGCACAGCGCAGCCAUGAUCCCGGACCAACUCCCGCGCGGCGCGACCUCGCCGGGCACGGCCUUCCGCAAGCUACUGCUUCGCUAG